CCGCAAGUUUACGACUUCAAGACCGGUACAUCGCAAUGGCGAAUAUGGACUCGAUGCACUCCUUAUCCGCCGGGAAUACAUCGCUGCUCGCCGGCCUGCCCAACGAGCUCCUCCGCGACGUCAGCGCGCAUCUCCCCGAGGAAGACCUCCUUGAAUUUUGCAGAGUGGAUAAGCGUUGUAAUAGCCAGGGUGUCCUCGAGUUUCUCUAUCGGAGUGGACGCCACCCCGAUGAUCUCCUGUCAUCCGACCUCGGUGUGGUCCCUCUAUGCCGACUGUGGGAUCGUGAACACAGAACACUCCUACACGGACUUGGUGUCUCGCUCGGUCCGGGUACGUGCCAGGGCUUCACGACCGCUCUCGAGUCGGCGGACGCCGCGCGGCUUGUUCGUGGGUGGGUUCGUCGUUUUCCGACGGUCAAAGACGUGCACAUUCAAGUCGGGUCUGUCUAUCACGCGCGGGAGCCCAUGUUUUUCAAGGAGCUCGCUGGCCUCUUGCGUAUCCUGGCAGGAGAACGAUGUGAGCGUUUAGUAUGGGAAGAGGAGGGCGAGACGGGCGCCAGAGAAGCGCAGCCGUAUGGGUUGGUUGCCCCGACGGGUGAGGAAUGGAGGGCGUAUAGCAUUGCGCACUACGGGAAGGAACACCCAGAACACCCAUACUCUGCUGUUGACGUUCCUCACGACACCAACGAUCCCGUUCCAUCGUGGUACCUUGACGACGCCCCGCAUAUGAUCACGCUCCAGCACGUCAAAGUGACCACCCCUACUCUUUUCAUGCGCCCUUUCAACUUCUGGAUCAUCAGCUCGCUCAAUGCCUCCCCUAUACAUACACUGGAGCUCGACUUCACCGGUUACUACAAUUGGGACUCCAGUAGCAAAAGUGGAGAGUGGUUUUACAUCCUUGACUAUCUGCGCCUCCCCUCCCUGCGCAAGUUCGACUUACGGUGCAGGACCGUUGGUGACAGCUACCUCCGCAUGUUCCUGAAAUACAACCCCACGAUCGAAGAGUUUGCCCUUUACGGCAUGCACAUGCAGCUUCAGUUGGAUCUGCGGGACACCCCACCCGAAGCCAUUCAAAUGCUAUCAGGGACGGCCCGUGCGGUCGAGGGCGUACUCAACCCCUCGCACUUUCAGACAAAGAACUCGUUCCCAAAUCUACGACGCGUGUUCAUUCAACAAGCGGAUCUCGAUGGCCGGGAAGAUCUUCAGCGCGCAUUGUCUGCGCUCGGCCUGCUCAGCGAGGAUCCAUCAACGCCGAAGAACGUCACGCUCGCACUGGAUUUCUUGGACGUGGCAAAAUGUUCGCAGUUCAUCGGGCGGAGCGCAAGCGCAAACGCGAAUGCGGGUCAGGUAGUGGUGUUUCCCGAGCCGUACCUGACAUGCAUGACGCGUCUCGAGGUUACCUUUCCGAAGGGGGAGAAUUUCCGUGAGGAAGAAGGGAGAAACCUGUUCGAGAGCGUGGCGACUUGGCUGGGAAAGUUUACUAACAUUGAGGAGGUUAGCUUGGGCCUAUACAUGAGCGGAGGUACGAUGUUGGCGACGAAGGAUGAGGAGAAAGUCGUGAAGGGUAUAUUGGAGCAUGCACCGAGAGUAAAGAGGGCGAAAGUCACUCAUGAGGGUGAAAUGCGGAGUAUGGAUGAGUGGCGAGUGUUGUAUUCAUAGUCUGGUUAACGCAGCACCAAAAGUGCAUUGGUCACGAGGAUGGUGCCAAGCAAACGAUGUGGCUCGGAUAUGUCAAAACCGGUCUUCACUUCACUUGUCUUUAUGGGCUCUUUCUUCAGUUACUUGGUAGCGUUAGCGCACUACUCAAGUUUUCGUGUUCUUUUUCUUUCGCAUUACCUGGCUUUGAAAGUGUCAUAGUGGUUCAAUUCUC